GUCACAUCUGACAACUUCCAAGUCUUCAGGCUUCUGUUGCAAGUCGUCUUCAGUAUUACAACUGGGGAUUGACAUACAGUACUCUACGGGAUAUUUUAGUCUGCAAGGCCCUCGUAUAGCUGGGACCUUGGGUGGCGGUGGAGCGCUUCCGUAAUGUCGACGUUUAGGCAACCAGUUAUGCGACCAUGCAUGAGCGCUCUCUUGAACGGCCGAGAUUCACGAAUCCUCGAGACCCGCCUGGAAACACUUACCGCCAUCUACCAGUUUCGAGGAAGAAUCGAAUUUUUGCUAGAAAAUGCUGGAGUUCAUCGGGAACCGUCGGUUGACCACAUAAAUAUCCGGCCAGACGGCAGUCACAGUGGAGACAGGCAAACGCACGGAAAUAAGAUGAAAUAAU